AUGAACCGCAACCUUAUUUCUCUCACCCGCGCCACGCUUCGCAGCAGUAGAAUCAUCACCAAUCGCGCACCAAUCCAACACCGGCUGCUCUCUACCUACGCCGCGCGCCUCAAUGCCAAAAAUGGCAGCCAGAAGCAGGCCGACGGCAGCAAAAAUAACAAUGGAGACAUUGAGAUGCCGAGCUUCAGCCUUAGUAGCCUGGGCCUUAGCAAAAACAUGAAGAUUCUUGUCCUGGGGAUCAUCUCUAUUUUUGGCACAAUUGAGACUUGGUUCUGGUGCAAGGCUAUCUGGCGUUGGUGGAAGGGGUCUGAAACAGAAGCUGUCGCCACUGAAUAA